ACGGUGCAUUCCCGAGCCUGGCUCCGUUAGAUGGUGUCUGAACCCGAGCAGAACGACGACAAACAAACAGCAGUCUGCCUUUCAGUCAUUCACCGAAAAAAAAGAGUUUUUAGAGAAAAACAAGCUGCGACACAAACAGAAGAGACGUUCACGUUCAGUCGCUUUUCUUUCUUUUUGGAUUCAUUCUUAAAAACAACAUGAAAACUAAAUUCAUCAACGGGGUUUCUUCGUCCCCUUCCAUGUCUCUGGGGCUGCUGGUGACCGAAAACGCCCUUCAGGUCCAGCCCGAAGCCCAGGAGGACUGUAAGGACCUGGUCCGGCUCGACCAGGACCAGCCGGACACGGACACCCGGCGGAAGGCGUUCCUGUGGUGCCGAGAGUUCCUGAACGGGUCCUGGAAGAGGAUGGAGGAGGAGGAGUUCCGCAUCAGCAUCAUCAGGGGGGGUCUGAGUAACCAGCUCUUCCUGUGCAGCCUCCCCGACGGCCUGGACGUGGUCGGAGACGAGCCCAGGAGCGUCCUGCUGCGCCUGUACGGGGCCAUCCUGCAGAUGUCCUGUAAUAAAGGAGAUUCCCGACAGUCAAAUACAGAAAAUCACUUCCAAGGUGCCGAGGCCAUGGUGUUGGAGAGCGUCAUGUUCGCCAUCUUAGCGGAGAGGGAGCUGGGACCCAAACUCUACGGCAUUUUCCCCCAAGGUCGACUGGAGCAGUACGUCCCGAGCCGUAAACUGGACACCUGCGAGUUAACCCAGCCCAGCAUCUCAGCUGAAGUGGCAGAAAAAAUGGCCAAGUUCCACAGGAUGAGGAUGCCCUUCAACAAAGAGCCCAAGUGGCUGUUCGGAACCAUGGACAAGUACCUGAGCCAAGUCAUGAGGUUGAACUUCACCAGAGAAUCUCAGAUGCUUCGGUUCAAUCGCCUCCUGAGCUACAACCUCCCACAGGAGAUGGACACACUCAAGUAUGACCCGUUCAGGAACUCUCGGCACCACAGGAACGCCUUCCGCCGGGUGUCCGUGUCCGGCUGGUCCUGGUCGAGCCGGACCAGUCCUUACAGUCCUCCUGGCUUCGGGCUGGACCUGAAGGGCGUUUUCGGUCACCAGCAGCCCCAGAGACAGGGAGGGGACGAAGAAACCCCCGUUGAUGAUUUAGUUUUCAUGUUGUUUUUAGAAUGA